AACAGCGGGCGGACCCGAGCCAGCUAAAAUCUAUUAUAGAUCAGUUCUACGGUAUGACGUGCGUUGACGUGCUUCGAAGAAUUUCUAUACAAGCGAAAAGUUCCUGGCACGUCCAAGAUGUCUGGCUCUGAUAGUCAUAAGGGGAGUUUGGAGGAGGUCAGUUAUGAGGGAGCUGCUGGUGCUGAGCUGUCCAGUUGUGCCUUGGAGAUGCUGAAAAGGGAACGAGAAUCCAUACACAGCCCCUCAGAGAGCCCUGGUGCUUCAACAAUUCUCCCAUCUGCCCUUGUGCAGGGCUACGAUGUGGAGUUUGACCCACCACUUGAGAGAAAAUAUGAAUGUCCUAUCUGCCUCAUGGCUCUCAGAAAUGCCAUUCAAACACCAUGUGGGCACCGUUUCUGCAAGAGCUGCAUCGAGAAAUCGAUUCAGGAUACAGGACAGAGGUGCCCAGUGGACAAUGAAAUGCUGCUAGAAGACCAACUGUUUCCUGAUAAUUUUGCCAAAAGGGAGAUUCUUUCCCUCACUGUCCGCUGUCCAAAUGCAGGCUGUACUGACAAAAUGGAGCUCCGACAUUUAGAGAAUCAUUUGGCACAGUGUCCAUUUGCAACCAUGGCCUGCCCGCAGUGCCAGGAGUCUGUGAGAAAAAGCUACUUGGAGGAGCACAAAACCAUAGACUGUCGAAGAAGACCGAUGUGCUGCCCAGAUUGUGUUGCAAGCUUUGUAUAUGAGGAGAAGGAUCUUCAUGAGCAGCAGUGUCCCUUUGCUACUGUCAUGUGCCAGUUCUGUGAGCUGGCUCUCAUUAGAGACCAGAUGGACUCUCAUUGUGAUACAGAUUGCCCUAAAGCCCCUAUUGCUUGUACCUUUAGCACUUUUGGAUGUAAGGAAAGGAUGCAGCGACACAAUCUGGCUCAACAUAUGCAGGAGUUCACUCAGAUGCACAUGCGCUACAUGGCAGAGUUUGUGCGCUGCCUUAGCCUUAACGGCACCACACCAAAGUCACUCAGGGCUCUUGGACCUUCUGUUUCAUCUGAGGAUCAAGGAGCUGCAUCUGCAUCAUGCAGAGGAAUUGCAAGCUGUGGCCCAUGCCAGCCAAGUGAAGAAAUGCAGAGGAUACGUGAAAUAGAUGGACGAUUAGUAAAACAGGAUCAUCAGCUCCGUGAGCUUAUCAUCUUAGAAGAUACUCGGGUUGGACAGCUUGCACAGCUCCAAAAAAGAGUAGCUGUUCUAGAGGAGACAGUAAAGGAAUUGGAGGCACAACAAUGUCAUGGUAUCUUCAUCUGGCGUCUCAGAGGUUUCUCAGCCCACCUGCGGAACCAAGAAGCUGGCCUGCCAGUGGUUGAGCACAGCCCAGGCUUUUACACGGGCCAACCGGGCUACAAACUGUGCCUCCGCUUACACCUGCAGACUCCCAAUGCCCCUCGCUGUUCCAACUACAUCUCUCUCUUUGUCCACACCAUGCAGGGAGCUUUUGAUGGAAACCUGAGCUGGCCUUUCCAGGGCACUAUCCGCCUUGCCAUUCUAGAUCAGGGCCCUGAUGCGCAACAUCACAUGGAGGUGAUGGAGACGAAGCCAGACCUUCAAGCCUUCAAGAAACCUACCAUUCAGCGCAACCCUAAAGGUUUUGGUUAUGUAACUUUCCUGCACUUGCAUCAGCUGAACCAACGAGCUUUUGUCAAGGACGACACCCUCCUCAUCCGCUGCGAGGUAACACCACGUUUUGACAUGUUCCAACGUGAGGGACCCCCAGUUCAGCCAAGAGGCCCCGAGGCUUCCCGGGACUAAUUUAUAUUGCAUGUCAUUCAUGUUCCCCAGACUGUGUUGAAUGUGCAAAUAUGAUGGUACUUUCUCACCGGAUUUCAAAUCUCUUUGAAUGAUUCUUUAAUGCAGUUUAUUUUAAUCGGGUCUAGGGUUGGGCAUCGAGAAUUAAGAACCGAUUGGAACCGGGGCUCACAUUCCGGUUCUCCCAAAAUCGUUCAAAUGUCAAAAUUUUGGUCCGCAUUUUCAAUGUCUACAGUCUGCCAAUCCCAAAAAAGUGGCAACAACCAUGGAAAAGCGGCAAAAAACAACUAAAAAGAACAUGCGCGUAGACAAGCUUGUGCCUAACAUCUACAGUGAACAAAGGUAUGUUAAAAUACCUCAGUGAAAAACUUGGAUUAAGGUUAUGUUGCGCAAAGCAGUCUUUCACAAUGUGCUGAAGUCUGAGGCGCUCCCUCCCGGUUUGCACCUCAGCCUACGUCGCACGCAGCUUCAGUCAAGUCGAUUGGGUGAGUGUUAAACAAAAAUGUCUAUACCAAAAUUGAGGCAGUUAACUUCACCGAAGGUGAAAUUUGUAACUAUACAUCACAAAAAUGUCUCACGGUAUCACAAACUAUAACCUUGUCUUUCAUCGUUGGAUAGGUAAAGGAAUUUUGCAAUUUUUGCAGAGCAUUUAGUUCCAUUCAUUACUCUUUUAAUUGCACAUUGUUUUACUUGCAUUUUUACUCAUCGCUUGAUGCUACUUUUCAUGCCAAAAUAUUGAUUUCAGGUGCUUACCCUUCAAAAUAAAAUGCUAUGCGCUUAAAAGAGGAACGAGGGUGUUAAAAUUUGAACAAAUAAAGCAUUUCACGUUAAAACAUUGCCAAAUACAUAUUUCGACUACUAUAUUUAAGUUUUAGCUGAAACAAAUAAGUUACAUACAGUUCUUGAAUGCAUGUGUGUUCCUUCCACACUCAAUGGCUUUUAGGUUAUAGGUUUGAUAUUGAUAUUGAUUAUGAAGAACCCAGUCAAAUGUUUAGUUUAUGCUGUGGUCUGAUAAUAAAAUGGACACUCUUCAUUUAAACUAUGCACUUUUUUGGACCCAGCACUCUAAAAGAAUCAUAAUCUAGAAUCGUUUGGAACCAGAUUUGAAAUGAACUGGGAUCUGAAUCGUUCAAAUUCAAACGAGGCCCAAUCCUAAUCAGGUCAGAAAUGUUCUGCGUAAGCACAUCUUUUAACAAGCACAUUCAUUCAUUAGUGUCGAAGUGUCGAUUUUCUCGGAAGCAAUAGACCAAGGGUCGGGAACCUAUGGCUCGUGAGCCAUAUCUGGCUUUUUUGAUGGUGCAUAUGGCUUGCAGAGCCCUCAUAACAACAUGUGAUUUCUGUCAUGCAGCUAACGCAAAUGACGCUGAGGCAGUUUGUCCUAGUAGAGUUGCCAUAGUUUGCUGUGGCAGUCGUUAUGCACAGGCGCAGAUGGGUCGAAUGGAGAUCUGGUCGGAACAACUAGUUAUGGAAACACUUUUGACAAAGGUCGCUCAAAGAAAAAAGAUGAGGAGUACCGAAGUUUUCAACAAGAAUGGACAGCCUUUGGUGAGAGAGUGAUAGGGUUCUUCUGUGUGUCUACAUUCACAGAAGAAAGAGUAAAGCAAAGCAUUCAUACUUGAUGUUGCCAAACAUUUUGACAACUUCGCAUAAAGACAAGAUAAACGAAUAAAUUACAUACCUUUGUCUGCAAGAACUGUUCACCAUCAACCAUCACGAUGCCAAAUCAAAUUAAAUUACGUUCAAGAUUAACGGAUGGAAGUCUCAACACCUGCGUGAAGCUCAAUCUAACAAUGUAUCAAACAGAUUAUAAGGCCAUCAGCAAAACCAUGCAGCACCAGAUGUCACAUUAAUGGUAAGAAGUACUUUUGCCAUCAUUGGUUAGCAACAGCGUAACAAUAUUAUUUGAAAUAAUAUAGAAUUAUUGUACUCUAAAAGCGUUGACCCUCCAUAAAUGCGCAAAUACACCUGUAUUUAGUUUUUAAAAUACUGUAUGGCUCUUUUGAAAUUACAUUUUAAAAUAUUUGGCAUUUAUGGCUCUCUGUCGAAAAGGUUCCCGACCCCUCCAAUAGACUGUUACUGUUUGCUCUGUUUUAUUUUUAAAUAUUUUUUUUAUUUUUAGUAUUCUUACCAGCAUAAGUAGAAAAACAAUGUGUAGAAGUCAUUACCAAGCUCCUUUAUUUGUGGCACCGAAUGAAUUUAAUGUACAGCAAUUUAAAACAUGAAAAAUAAUUGACUGAAAUAUAUUUUAUGGGUGCAUUUUUUUUAAAGGUUUGUCCAAGUUAAUACCAAGAUUGUGAUUUAAUUGCACAGAAUUUAUCUCUUUAAAAUGUGGAUUUACAUUUGAGUUAUUCUCAGCAUCAUUAACGUAUACUAUUCUAUGCAGGUUAUUAAUGAAAAAUAAUUUAACCAAUAUAUGUCUGAUGUUUGAGAAAAUUUUAACUAAUCAUUGAAAUGUGAUCACUUGAAAUAAAGAUUUUUAUCUGUA